ACGAAUUCGCAUCUGUUCGCUGCAGCUAUAUUUGAUAAUCAUCCACGCAGUGCCUGCCUCCUGAACUACUACAGUUUGUUCCAGAGAUUGCAAAGGAAAGAGUGUCUAGAGUGUGGCGAGAUCUGAAAGAGACAAUACAUUUCAUUGCCGUACUAUUACCUGCAUAGCAUUCGUCGAGGUCCCGGGGUUUUAUAGCAACCUUCAAGGGACGUUUAACCAGAAGGAGGAUGGCUUACAGGCGUCGCUUGAAGAACAAGAAACCUCCAGCAGGCUGGGAACUGAUUGAGGAAGUCAUUGAGGAUUUUGAGGCCCAGCUGAAGGAGGCAGUCAACGAGGAGCAUGAGGGCAGGCGGAAGAAUGAGCUGACAUGGAAGAUCAACCGCAUCCACUGGGAAAAGAAUCGGUUCAUCUAUGACGUGAUGUACGUCCGUAAAGCCAUGCAACGAGACUUGUACGAUUGGCUGGUCCGUGAGAAGAUAGCAGACGGCGCGCUCAUCUCCAAGUGGCGCAAGCCUGGCUACGAGAUCUUGUGUUCCAUGCUGGCCAUCCAGAAGGGCAACCACAACUUCGGCACCACAUCUCAUUGCAGGGUGCCGAUGGCGCUGCGGGGCGCGCAGCAGCGCAUAACGCCGGACGUGCAGAUUGGAUGCAUCUCAUGUGCCAGCGGGGACGGCAAAUUUGGCCAGCCGGUCUGGUGGAACACCCCCCUAGACGAGGACGACGUCCCCGACGCGGCCGAGCAGCACCGGGCGC